CUCACGUGGGAGGACUGCAUCAUCGGUGGAACGAAUGUAAGAUGGACAUCAUUGUCAGGAGACACAUUUAACCAGUUGGAAACGAAAAAAUUCUACCUUUGCUGGAGUAUAAGUAUCUCCUCAAAUGCGAUAACCUUCAUACUCAAUUUGAUCGAAACGACCCCUCCCCACACUCAAUUUAUCAAUCAUGUCUGUCCCCACCGAACAAUACGCGCAAGUCUUUAAGAGCAACAAUGAUCCAAUUGAGAGAAAAAAGGUUCCCGUCUCAAAACCAGGCCCAGAUGAGGUUUUGGUCAACAUCAAAUAUACUGGAGUUUGCCAUACCGACCUUCACGCAUGGAAGGGUGACUGGCCCUUGCAAACUAAACAAAACCUGAUUGGCGGUCACGAAGGUGCUGGUGUUGUCGUCGCUGUUGGCGAAUUGGUUAAGGACAUCAAAGUAGGCGACCAUGCGGGCAUCAAGUGGAUCAACGGGAGUUGCGGCCAUUGCGAAUUCUGUAUGGCUGGCGACGAGCCCUUAUGCACAAAUGCUCUGCUCUCGGGAUACACCGUGGAUGGCAGCUUCCAGCAAUACGCGAUUGGCAAAGCCGUAGAUGUCGCUAGAAUUCCCAAAGGAGUUCCAUUAGACGCAGUUGCUCCUAUCCUCUGCGCCGGAAUCACCGUUUACAAAGCCCUUAAAGAGUCCCAAGCCCGUGCAGGUCAAACCAUAGCCAUCGUCGGUGCUGGCGGUGGUCUUGGAUCGCUUGCUGUGCAAUACGCCAAAGCGAUGGGUUUUCGUGUUAUAGCUAUCGAUACUGGAAGCGAAAAGCAAGAAAUGUGUCUCAAUGUACUCGGUGCCGAGGAAUACGUGGACUUUGCGAAAGAAGAUGUAGGAGCAAAGGUCAAAUCUAUAACCGGGGGUCUAGGUGCCCAUGCUGUCAUCCUUCUCGCUGUGAGCGAGAAGCCCUUCCAACAUGCCACCGAGUACUGCCGGGCUCAUGGAACAGUAGUCUGCGUGGGUCUCCCCGCCAAAGCCCGCAUUUCAGCCGAAGUAUUCCCGACCGUUAUCCGAAUGAUCACCAUCAAGGGAUCCUACGUUGGCAACCGCAUCGACACCCAUGAGGCAAUCGACUUCUUCGCCCGCGGCCUCAUCAAAGCCCCCUUCAAAGUCGGAAAGCUCUCUGAGCUCCCUCAAGUCUUCAAACUCAUGGAGGAAGGCAAAAUUGCAGGGCGCUAUGUUCUUGAUACAAGCAAAUGAAAUUUUUCCCGUGCAGAUAUUGUACCUCGCCAGCGAAACCUCCCGAGAUUUUUGGCGGUGUCUGAUCUGAGGCUGGUGUUGACGGUGGCUGUUGUCUUUGUUGUUUUGCGAAACGUGCCGUUCUAGUCCAUUGUGCUGUGGCUCUGGGCAUUUCUCACCGUCGCUCGAUCAAUGCUUGCGAGAUUUUACAAUAAUUGAAUAGUAACUUAGGUGAUCUAAAUUGACAAAAAA